CUGACACUUGGCCUUGUGCACACAUCGUCUGAUUUGCGUAGUUGUUGUAGUUGCGUUUGUCCCAAAUCCUCCGGCCAAUCAUCCGAGUAGGCCAGCACCCCAGGUUUACACCCCUCUGAGCGUACGAAAGGUGCAACGAUGAGCUGUGCAAACCUACUCAAAAGUAAAUUGUCGCAACCGGUUGGCCGGUUGAGGUCGGGGCCGCUCCACGCCCCUCGUCGAUUCGUCGGUGCUUGCGGCCUCCGGCACGACGCGGCGUCGCCGGUGCAGAAGAGCAUUCCGCACUCACUCCAGCGGAUCAAUGAGCGCAUCUCUGAGCCGAUGGAGGUGGAGGUGCUUCCGGCUCGCAGCCACACGAAGGCAGCGAGGCCGCUAGAUGAGGUGUUCUCCAACGGGGGCUUGCUGGCGUCUGCAACCGCCAUGGCGCUGGCGGCAUCGCUUGCUUUCGGCCUGCCGGCGGACGCGGCGGCGCCCGCGGCAGACACUGCGGCGCUAUCCAUUCCCGGCAUCGUGGGCGACUCGCCGCUGCGCGAGGGCCUUGUUUCCGGUUUCCUGCUGAUCUUCUUCAGCGAGAUCGGCGACAAGACGUUCUUCAUCGCGCUACUGCUGGCGCUGAAGCAGCCCAAGAGCCUGGUGUUCACGGGCACCUUCGGAGCGCUGGCGGUCAUGACGGUGGUGUCGGUGCUGCUGGGUCAGGUGCUGCACCAGGUGGACGAGCUGGUGCCGGAGAACGGCGCGGGCCUGCCCUACGACGACCUGCUGGCGGCGGCGCUGCUGCUGUACUUUGGCUUCAAGACGCUGAAGGACGCCAAGGACGCGGGCGAGUCGGCGGCGGAGGAGAAGGAGGAGGCGCAGGAGGUGGUGGACGGCCUCAAGAGCAGCAGUGAGGACGCGCUGAAGCUCAUCCUCACCACCUUCACGCUCGUGUUCGCGGCCGAGUGGGGUGACAAGUCCUUCCUCGCAACCAUCGCGCUGGCGGCGGCCUCCUCGCCGCUGGGCGUGACGGUGGGCGCGGUGGCGGGCCACGGCGUGGCCACGGGCCUGGCGGUGGCGGGCGGCGGCUUCCUGUCCCGCUACUUCAGCGAGCAGGUCCUGCAGUACAUUGGCGGCUCUCUCUUCCUUGUGUUCGCGGGGGCGACCAUCGUGGACCUGUUCGUGUAAAGCUUGAGAAGGGAUGGGAAGGAGAGGCAGGAGGAGGGGAAGGAGGAGGGGAAGGAGGAGGGGAAGGUUGCAGGACGGGGCGGGGGGCAAUGGCGGGGCAGGAAGGAGUGCCCUGGGCCUGGCUGCUUGCCCGUUACAGGGACGCGGGUUGACAGACGGAAGCGGACAGACGCGCAUGGUUCGUUGUGUGCAACCGGCCUGUUGCAGUGAGAUUUGCCAGGCUGCUGCGGGCUCGGAUGAGGUUCGCGCGGUAGAUUGGUGGGAUCUCGAAAGGGCAGAGAUGCUCGCUGCGUCAAGAUUUUUGCAGGCUCGGGAACCAGAAAUGAACCCAGCGUGUGGCUGUGACACAUGCGUGCCGCACUGCUUUGGUAAUGUGGAGGCCGGAACAAAAUCGAGAUCGGACCCUGAUGCUCGUAUUCAUUCAGAUGGUGUGCCACAGGCUGAUUGCGCCGAGUUGUUGAUUUCCUUACUAGGUUUGCCUGUGAUUGGCUGGCACCAGAUGUGCAGUCAGGCGUGCGUCUUUCGCAAGGGUUCCGUGCAUACCGUAUCCACGGUACCGCAUCCACAGUAUGCACUUAACGAGAGCAGACAUGAGGUGACACGCUGGUGGGUCGCUGGGAAUGGAAUUGUUGCACGUGCACGUGUAACGCCUGGACACC